GGCGUUUUGGGGAACGAACGCCGAGUCUGCCUCUACGUGUUCAGCGAACUUCAGAUAAGAAAGUCUCGGGUGGUAAUAGUCCAUGGAUACCAUCCCAAUAAAUGUGCAAUAGCGCGGCCGAGGUAUUUUUGGUGGCGAAGCUGUCGCCGACUCUUCGCCAAGCCUUGUGAGGUAGGUACAAGGGCUAAGCGGCGGGAAAGCUUAAAAACGCAAAAAGAAAGCAUGGUAUAAUGUAUCUUACGAUUGAUAUGACUUGAACUUCAAGCAUCUUGCAAGAAAUUGAUCAACCUCGCAUGAUUGGCGUCUGAGAUAAUAAGACAAUUAUACUUAAUUUUGUGGAUUCUAGCAUGUUAGCAGGGAUGUACCCCAGAGUUCGAGACGCUUGUGAGAAUUGUCACAGCCGUAAGAUCCGCUGUAUUCUAGAGCCUGGCAGCAUUGCAUGUCGAAGUUGCUCCUCCAACGGAACUUCAUGCCUCUUUGCACCGCGUGCAAAGGCAGGACGGCCAAGACGAACACACUUAGAGAGCCAUCAACGACGGAAGUCAUCAUCGAAUCAAGCAGUUGAAAAGACUUACAAGACCGCAAAUGAAAUAGGACAUACGCGCACCAAUGCAGAUACACUACUUAUGGUGGCGGAUGACAUGCAUUUUGGCCCAAUUAUUCCGUUCGACACGUUCUGGGACAAUGGCAAAACCACGAAUGUGGAACAUUUUGGAAAUGUUGGUUUCCUCACCAAUGAUCACUCGAUCAUCCAGGAGGGUCACAUUGUGGAAACUGCCAUGGCCGAAACAGUGGAACAAGACCAAACACAACAGGAUUGUGCGUUUGGAGCAGGGACGCCGUCGCGAUCGUCGACUCCUCCUCGAUAUGAUAUGCACACGCUGGUAGACGAAGGCUUUGAUUUCGAUACAGCUUUGAGGCUUUGCGGGGAUCUGGAUCGUUCGCAUCGUGCGUUUCGAGAUGGACGGACUGAGGCGACUCAGUUCGAGGGAAUAAUGAGAACGGUCGAAUAUGCCUGCACAACAGCUCGAAUGUCGAUAUCAUCCGCAUCUGCUGAGAGAGCGUCAAUCCAUGCGCUGAUGGUGGCCGCCAUGUACAAAGUCUUUGAUGUAUGCGAGAGUAUCAUUCGGGAGAUACUGAGCAGUAAUAAUGGUUUCAAACAAGACACUCUAGACCGUCUAUUUCGACUUCAGAGGCUGGAUUUUGUCUUAUUCCAAGGCUUCAUGUUUCUGCAUCACGCAGGUCAGACCGAUGCUAUGAGGAAGAUCUCGGAAUUGCAUACCUGGAUUUUGUCCAUCUUGCAGGAGGAAGAAUACAAGAAUUUAUGGUAGAUAUGUUAGGACUCGAGGUUGCAUAUCGGUGUUGAUCAUGAUGGGUCUCGGA